GCGAGUGCGGGCGUGCGUGCCGUGUGCGAGUGUUCCUCCGCGUGCGUGAAGACGCGCGCUCGCCGUACGCGGCGGAUCCCGUAGGGAACGUCCGAUUUCACCGGGACGCGCGAUCACCGAGCAGUUCGCCCGUGCCGCGCUCAGGAUGUCACCUAAUUCGACUCCUACGACACUGCAAGUCCACCUUUUGCUGCCGUCGCGCGAAAUCGACUUGCAAAACGGCGACGUGCGCGCGAUGCGACGAAUCCGUCGAAUCUGUCGGCGACGGACGCGAUUGACGGCGACGUCCAAUUUUCACGCGAAAUUCGCCAGUGAACGACGCGUACAUUCCCGACUCCCACGCGCCGUUGUCCUCCUACACGUGUGUGCGUGUGUGUGUGUGUGUAUGCAUGUGUAUGUAUGUAUAUCGCGCGUGUGAAGUCGCGCGUGUGCAUAUAUGUGCGUGCAUGCUGCGCGUGUGCCGCACGAUCGUACAGCGAGAAAACCGUGUGAUCGCGAACGGAUAUACCAAAAACUCCGGCAGCCCUGCCUCCGGUCGAAUGCACGAUCUCGUCUCGAUAUCAUGUCCGCGAAACCGAUGCGCGUUUUUCCUAGUGAUUUCCGACCGUGAUCGAGCGCGUAAAGCAUAAAGAACAAAUAGUUUUCUCAUACUCGUCAAUGUUUUACGAGUUUCUGCAAGUUUUUAAAAUUACAAUCUUCUAAUUGCUCUAGCAGCACCUAACAAAUAAUUGUUUUUCUACCGUCUCACGUAAAACAAUCUCAAUAUAUUUAUAAAUAAUGCUUCUUAACGUGAUAAUAAUUGACAUUAACGAGAAGCAAAAAAUCUUCAAAGUCGAAGUCAUGGAUCUCCAGGUAUACGAGAUGUUUAUUGCGCCCUGUCAUUGGACCAAGAGGAAAUAUUCAGAACGACGACUAUGGAGAGAACUCUUAACCCAUUUUUCGGAGAGGAAUUUCAAUUUGAAGUGCCCAGAAAAUUUCGUUAUCUUGGCAUUUAUGUAUAUGAUCGGGAUAGACAUUUAAAGCAGGAUAAAAUUUUGGGGAAGGUAGCAAUAAAGAGAGAAGAUUUAGCAACAUAUCAUAAUAAAGAGCAUUGGUUUCCUCUAAAACCAGUCGAUGCUGACUCUGAAGUUCAAGGCAAAGCUCAUUUGGAACUUGUUUUGCAACCGCAAGUUGAACAUGCUCAGCCUAAACUUACAGUAAGAGUAAUAGAAUGUAGUGAACUAACCAUUAAAAAUGGUAGCUGUGAUCCCUUCGCAACUGUUACAGUCAUCUAUAGUAAUGGUAAACAAAUAUCAAAACGCACAAAAGUUAAAAAAAAAACAGCAUCACCAUAUUUUAACGAAACAUUUGUAUUUGAGCCAGAGUUAAUGGAAGCCAAGGACAAGGAUGUCUCUCAUUAUUCUAUCGAAGGAGCUGAGGUUGGAGAAGUGGUUGUUGGCUUGUGGCACGCGUCCCCUGGCAUGGGAGAGCAACCGGUGUUCCUCGGCGAAGUUCGAGUCACGCUGAAAGGAUUGCAGAAGCAACCAACUAGUACAACAACUGCAUGGUAUUUUUUACAACCUAGAGCAGCGAAACAUCGUCCAAGUAAAAUCCCGAGUAACUCAACACCGCCUGGUACGUUACCAGGUUUGGGAUCGUUGCGUUUGAAGAUUCAUUACACAGCUGAUCAUGUCUUUCCAUCCGAAAUGUAUGAUAAACUUAAGAGUCUAUUAUUACAAAGCGUCAACGUUCAACCGAUAACGUCGUCGGCUGUUUACAUAUUGGGUGAAAUUGUAGCUAGUAAAAUGGAAGCUGCACAACCAUUAGUUAGAGUAUUGGCGCAUCACGGACAAUUGGUGUCCGUAAUGCGAGCACUUGCUAGUCAUGAAAUUUCUAAAUUGACUGAUCCGACGACAAUUUUCCGCGGUAAUACAUUAGUGAGCAAAAUGAUGGACGAAGGCAUGAAAUUAGCUGGUCUUCAUUACUUGCAUAGUACUCUCAGACCUGCAAUGGAACAAGUCAUUCUUGAAAGAAAACCAUGUGAAAUAGAUCCAACUCGUGUCAAGGAUGGCAGUACGAUAGAAACAAAUUUGGCGAACUUAAAGGAAUACGUUGAAAGGGUAUUCACGGCUGUAACAACAUCGGGAAUAAGAUGUCCGCCCUUAAUGUGCGAAAUGUUCUGGUGUUUAAGAGAACUCGCCGCAACUCACUUUCCAAAAAAUAAGGAAGUGAGAUACUCGGUGAUCAGCGGAUUUAUUUUUUUACGUUUCUUCGCUCCUGCAAUACUGGGCCCAAGAUUAUUCGAUAUCACUACGGAACAAAUUGACUCGCAGACUAAUAGGACAUUAACAUUAAUAUCUAAGACAAUUCAAAGUCUCGGGAAUUUGGUAUCUUGUAGAGGAGGCGCAGGGAGUGUUUGUAAAGAAGAAUAUAUGGAGUGUGUAUAUAGAGAAUUUUAUACGGAAAGACAUAUUCAAGCAGUCAAGCAAUUUCUGGAGUUGAUAUCAACUAGUAGUAAUAGCAGCGGGGUCACCAAGCAGUGCCCAGAUAUGUUGCAAGAACAAUCAGUGGUACUGAAAGAAGGAAUUUACUUUCUCUUUAUGCACAUCACUGAUUGUGAUAAGAGAGUAAUGAUUAAACGGGCACAAGGCAGAAAACGAUUCGGUCGUAAGAAUUUUAAGCAGAGAUAUUUUAGACUUACUACACAAGAUUUAACGUAUUCUAAAACAAAAGGUAAAGAACCUUUGUGUAAAAUAUCACUAGAGGAAAUUUUGGCAGUGGAGAGACUACACGAGGACUCUUUUAAAAUGAAAAAUAUGUUUCAAAUUAUUCAACCGCAAAGGGCAUUAUAUAUCCAAGCUGGUAAUUGUGUGGAAGAAAAGGAGUGGAUUGACAUUCUUACAAAAAUAUGUCAAACAAACAGCAAUCGUUUAGAAAAAUAUCAUCCAAGUGCAUACAUCAAUGGUCACUGGCUUUGUUGCCGAGCAGUUGCUGAAACUGCACUGGGGUGCAGUGAAGUAUCGCCAGGUAUAGAGGCUGGAAUGCGAAUAAAAUUAGAUCCAGAUCGUGAUUUGCAGAGGAUACAUUCGUUGAUUUUUACAAAUAUGCCACGUCUCGAGACAUUGAUGAAUGCGUGUGAAUGCCAGGCGGUUUAUGGUGCUAGUGAUAUGUGUGUUAUACCGGAGGGAGGAUCGCCUAUCGAAGAUGUACCUUCAUGCUUCAAGACUUUAACCGCACUAAGAGAAGCUGCGUACGCGUUGCAGCGCGAACAUAGAGCCUAUUUUAGAAGACUGGCACGCGACACCAAAUACGGCAGCAAACAAGCUCCCAUUGGUGAUGACAACUACCUCCACUUAGCUAGUAGAGCAGGAUUUGAUAAUCAGUUAUCGAAGCGGACGUACGAAAUGGACGGUCUAAAUCAACGAUGCAUAGAGAUGGAACAUUAUGACACGGGAUUCUCUAGAAGAAUUGUCGACAGUCAAAGAUACGACGAUACGUUCAGGAAGUGUCUUGAUUCUGACUCCAUUAAUCGUAGGUAUGAAAACGAGAGCAACUUAUUGCGGGGAUAUGAAAAUAACAGCGAUACUAUUAAAAGUAUCCAAAAUGAUCUCAGAAAAUUCGAUCAUAGCUUAAAGAAUACAUUAAGAUCUGACAAAUCGGAAAGAAACGGUAACGAAAAUAUGGAAAAUAAUAAAAGGCUAGAUAACACCAGUCUAUUGACAGCAGAUAGUAUUAAUCUAUCAGGUACAUUGUCGCGGAAAUUGGGUAAUUAUGACAACACUAGAGCAUUAGAUGAAUGUACGUUGACGAGACGAUUAAAAGAUGAUGCUCCUGACAUAUCUUGCAACUCAAUGAGUGAGCGUGGCAAUCAUUAAUUUAUCUAUGAUGUACAAAUACAAGUUGCACGUUCCUAUAAAUUUUUAAAAAGAUAAAUUUACGACGGAUUUACAUUAGUCGGUUUUUUUUUUUUUUUAAAGUCAGUGCAGCCUCGCCUCUUUGUAGGUGAGGCUAUUUUUUUAUCUAUAUUAUAAAUAAGAUUAUGUCUAUUUUUAUUAUGUAAAUUAAUAAGUCUGCUGCUGGAGAUAGUUUUUCUCUGUUGUCUGCAUUUUGCAAUGAGUUGCUUCAAUUUAUUUCACGGAUAUUGUAUAAAUAAGAGGAAGUUGUGUAACAGAAUGUAAUUUAAUGUACCUUUUGGUUUGUUACCAUGCUGUGCAGAACGUAACAUUUUGUCACCACAGAAAUCUCUACUAUUUAUUAUUUAUUUAUUUUCACCUCAUUUUUCGAUAUAUUAAACAUAUAUGUGCAUAAAACAUGACACUGGCUGUGUUAAUUGCACAAUUUUGUAAUCUCAUUCUUUGAAAAGUCGAGUUCUCGCUAAUGUAAACUCAUUGUUAGGUUUAUGUAAUGUUAUAUAACAAUUAUUAUAUUAUAGAAAAAUUAAUUUAACCUUGAAUAUAAUUAUUGUUACCUUUGAUUAAUACAUAAUUCCAUAAAUUUUAGCACAAUUUCUGCAUAUUUCUCUAUUAAUUAUCCAAUUUCAAUAAUCGAUAUUUAUAAUAUAUAUCAUUAUACUACAA